UUGCUCGGCGACUGUUUGUCCGAAGAAGUCAUCGUCUACCUCAAGAAGGUGCAGUUCGGCGAGACUGAGAAGUACUCUACCAAGCAUGUACCGAUCGAGGAGACGCUGCUAAAGUUUCCCGGUGACAUCUUGUUCCUCGUCGCUGGCACUUUUUCCAUCUCAACUCUAUCGGCCGCAGACAAGAAGAUGUCUCCUGAGGAAAAGGCCGAUGGAGUAUCGCAUGAUCUGAGCACAACCUUGGACAGAACUUCGAUCGCGGUCACCGGUCCAGGUCGCUCCUCGAAGGAAGUGCAAGUUUUUCAGACCCCAGAUCAGAGUGAAGACACUGGCACAGUUGUCCGUGCUAAGCUCAGUGGUUCAGGUCGGUGGUAUCCUCCCGACAUCUAUUGGUCAUACGAUCAAAAACAGAGCAUCACCAGCCAAGUACUCGAGAAUUUGUCGUUGAUCAAGAACCACAACGUCGCUCAGGAGUCAAAGCAAAGAGCCACUGCACUGAGUAGUGAUGCAGCUAAGUGGCUAUCCGCACCAGACGACGACUCUGCAGUAGAUUGGGACUCCUACGCGAGUAUGUACGUCUGCAUGGAAAGAUAUGCACGACGCUCCCUCCAUCAUCGUCGCCUUUAUAGGACCUCUUUUCCAUGAUUCCACAGCCGCGCUCUUCACCACUCAUUGUCGAGAUGUCUUGUCGUUCGACUAAGAUGCCGCGUCCAAGAUCUUUGAGCAUAUCAAUAGAAACACACCUCUGCCUUGCGAGCAAACAAAAAUGCU